AUGGCACUCCAAAAACUCAACAACAACCCCGCCGUACGCAUGCUGAAUGCAGCAGCCAAAGGCAAAUACGGUGUCCUCGGUGUAGUAUCUUACAACCUCGAGACCAUCAUCGGCGCCAUUCGCGCAGCCGAGUCGAAGAAGGCACCUCUCCAGAUCCUCCUCUUCCCUUGGGCACUCCACUACUCACCAUCCUUUGUGUCUGCCGCCGCCGAAGCCUGUGCCGCCGCCUCAGUCCCCGUAACCUUGCACAUGGACCACGCCCAAGACCCCGAGGUCAUCAAGCGGGCCGCAGAGCUCAAGAAGCACGACGGCACACCCAUGUUCGACUCCAUCAUGGUGGACAUGUCACACUACGANAAAGAAGAGAACCUAGCCAAGACGACAGAGCUGGUCAAGUUGUGCCAUUCCAAGGGUAUUGCUACCGAAGCCGAGCCUGGCAGAAUCGAAGGUGGCGAGGACGGCGUCAAGGAUACGGCAGAGUUGGAAGGUAUGAUGACUACUGCUGAAGAGGUUGAUGAUUUCAUCGCUACGGGGAUUGAUUUCUUGGCUCCGGCGUUUGGAAACGUGCAUGGUGAUUAUCAUGGUGUGGAAAAUAUUCAUCUGGACUAUGAGCGUCUUGAGGCUAUCCAGAAGAAGGUCGAUGACAGAGUGCAGAUUGUGCUGCACGGUACAAACGAGUUCAUCCCUGAGAUCUUGAACAAGUGUAUCGAGAGGGGUGUCACUCGUGUCAACGUCAACAAGAUGGUCUUGUCUGACUACUUUGCCUACACAGCCGAGAAGACUGGCAAGGUGCCGUUGACCGAGCAACUCGAGACAGGCACAGACUUGAUCAAGAAGCAAUGCGAGUACUGGAUCGACAACAUGGGUUGUGCUGGCAAGGCUGGAACAUACUAG